UGGUCAGUAUUCAAGUGUUCCUUCACCUUAUCCAACGAAAAACCAAAACGCCGUGAGAAAGAACGGAGAGAAAUGGCGACUUUGGCUCAGCAAUUCACAGGCCUGAGAUGCCCACCGCUCUCGUCUUCCUCCCUUUUGAAGAAACCAAAGCAAACCCAAAAGAUUGGAGCUUUUGCUCUUCCAAUUGUAUCAGCGGCGGCAAUAUCCAAUGCACAGACUGGGGAGAGGGGUGAACUCAAAACGAUGUUCGAGGAAGCCCAUGAACGCUGCCGCACUGCCCCCAUGCAAGGUGUCUCCUUUACCCUUGAAGACUUUCACGCUUCUCUGGACAAGUACGACUUUGAUUCUGAGCUCGGAAUCAAGGUUAAGGGAACGGUUUUCUCAACAGAUGCCUACGGGGCAUUGGUUGAUAUUACUGCAAAGUCUUCAGCAUUUUUACCGGUGGAAGAAGCGAGCAUUCACAGAAUUAAACAUGUGGAAGAGGCGGGUAUUGUUCCUGGUAUAAGGGAAGAGUUUGUGAUUGUUGGGGAAGAUGAAGAUGAUGAUAGCUUGAUUUUGAGCUUAAAGGACAUCCAGUAUGGACUUGCCUGGGAGAGAUGUAGGCAGCUUCAAUCUGAGGAUGUUGUAGUCAAGGGUAAGGUUGUUGAGGCAAAUCAGGGUGGAGUAGUGGCCAUGGUAGAGGGCCUCAAAGGGUUUGUUCCAUUCUCACAGAUAUCAUCGAAAUCAACUGCAGAAGAGCUUGUUGAUAAGGAGCUCCCUCUUAAGUUUGUGGAGGUUGAUGAGGAACAGUCUAGGCUUGUGCUCAGUAACCGCAAGGCCAUGGCUGACAGCCAGGCACAGUUAGGAAUUGGAUCAGUGGUCCUUGGAACUGUUCAGAGCUUGAAACCAUAUGGGGCAUUCAUUGACAUUGGUGGAAUUAAUGGUCUUCUUCAUGUCAGUCAGAUUAGUCAUGAUCGUGUCUCAGAUAUUGCAACCGUUCUUCAACCGGGUGACACUCUUAAGGUCAUGAUAUUGAGCCAUGACCGUGAAAGAGGCCGAGUAAGCCUUUCUACAAAGAAGUUAGAGCCAACUCCUGGAGACAUGAUUCGCAACCCAAAGCUUGUUUUUGAAAAGGCUGAGGAGAUGGCUCAGACAUUCAGACAGAGAAUCGCUCAAGCAGAAGCCAUGGCACGAGCAGACAUGCUUAGGUUCCAGCCUGAGAGUGGUUUAACUCUCAGCUCUGAUGGGAUACUGGGUCCCCUUACAUCGGACUUGCCAGAGGAAGAAGGCCUGGACCUGAGCGAGGUUCUGGCAGCAGAGGAUUCUUAACUGAUCUGAAUGACCUUUUCGAACCUUUGUAUUAUUUUUCAUUCAUCAUAUGAUCCACAAUGUAAAAAUCUGUUGGGGCUUAACAAGCUAUCUUUUGUUUUUCUUCCUGCCUCUGCCCCGUAAACAAGCGAGAGCAUGUAUAUGCAGACAUUCUCUUAAAAUUAAGAUGGAAGAGUGUA